AUGAAUGCGCUGCUGGACCUGUUUUUGGUAGUUAAAAAUGUGCUGCUUGCAUUUUUUGUGUCAUGGGUUCAGUUCUUCAUUCCUGAAACUCCCAAAUGUGUGAGAGGAGAAAUUGUACUGAUAACUGGAGCAGGUAGUGGAGUAGGGCAGGGAAUUGCUGUUGAAUUUGCCAGUCUGGGAGCUGUAACGGUUUUGUGGGACAUUAACGAGAAACGACUACAGGAAACUGCAAAGCUCAUCAGUGAUGUUGGCGGACAGUGCUUUACUUACAUAUGUGAUGUUAGUGACCGAAGACAGGUGAAGCAAACUGGAGAUGCUGUGAAAUCUGAGGUGGGAGAUGUUACUAUACUAGUCAACAAUGCUGGGGUGGUGUAUGGCAAAAAACUACUAGAGCUGAAAGAUGAACAAAUAGAGAGAACAUUUGGAGUCAACUUGCUGGCUCACAUAUGGACCACAAAACAGUUUUUGCCUUCCAUGCUGGAGAACAAUCAUGGGCACAUUGUCAACAUAGGCAGUUCUUGUGGCCUUGUUGGAGUCAGCCAUCUCGUUGAUUACAGUGCCUCUAAAUUUGGUGUCACUGGUUUCACCCAAACCCUGAAUUAUGAAAUUCACUUCUCUGGACAUGAUGGUGUGUUCACAACCUUGGUGAGCCCUUCUCACAUUCGCACGGAUAUGUUUUCGGGCUGUGAAAUGGCUUACCCUGCAUUGUUACCAACCUUGGAGCUGAAGCCAACAGUCGACCGUAUAAUGCAGGCCAUUCUGACUAAUGAACAUGAAGUAUACAUUCCACGCAUGGUCUGCGUUAUGGCUGCACUGAAACAAAUGCUGCCGGUGUCAGUGAUGUAUGAAAUCAUGCAGUUCUUCCAAGCCGACAGGUUCAUGGAGUCUUUCACUGGCAGACAAGAAGAGCCAGUGGCCUGUCAACAAGGCAAAUAA